ACACCGCUGCGCUUCCGGAAAACAUGUUUGGUAAGAAGUCGUCUGAGCAGCGGUGACUGACAGAGAAGCUUCUCUACGAAGGUGAGCGUCCUCAGGUGAGGCUCGCCGCCAUGUUGCUUCCUCUCCUGCUGCGUCCGUCGCUCUGUGGCGUUCAGGCCUCGGUUCUGUUGCCGGGCUGCGUCCGGACGCUGCACUCUCAGGCCGGGCACUUCCUGCGGCGGCGGCUUCCCGCUCGCCUCGUCGCUCAGAGCCGUGGCAGGAAGUGGCGCCCCCAGCAGGACGAGUGGCAGCGCAGGAACAAGACGGUGCUGACCUACAUCGCCGCCGCCGGCGUGGGCAUGAUCGGCCUGUCGUACGCCGCCGUGCCGCUCUACCGGCUCUACUGCCAGGCGGCGGGGCUCGGCGGCACGGCGGUGGCCGGACACGACACGGAGCAGGUGGCCACCAUGACGCCGGUGAAGGAACGAGUCAUCAAGGUGACGUUCAACGCCGACACGCACGCCAGCAUGCAGUGGAACUUCAGACCGCAGCAGACGGAGAUCUUCGUGGUUCCAGGUGAGACGGCGCUCGCCUUCUACCGGGCCAAGAACCCCACGGACAAACCCAUCAUCGGCAUCUCCACCUACAACGUGGUUCCGUUCGAGGCCGGGCAGUACUUCAACAAGAUCCAGUGUUUCUGCUUCGAGGAGCAGCGCCUGAACCCCCACGAGGAGGUCGACAUGCCCGUCUUCUUCUACAUCGACCCGGAGUUCGACGAGGAUCCUCGGAUGGCUCGAGUGGAGACCAUCACGCUGUCCUACACCUUCUUCGAGGCCAAGGAGGGCCAGAAGCUGCCGCUGCCCGGAUACAGCUACAACUGAAAAACUGAAAAACGAUCCAAGACUCUUCUCCUGAACAGCCAUUAAACACUGAACCGUCUGUGAUCCACAGAUUACAGCAGGUGAAACAGUCUGAGCACGCUCACUCUGACACAUUUAAACCUGAAUCUCUGUUCAUCCAACAGACAUUCGUCUAGAAGCAGUAACGUUUCUGAUUAGUUUGGACACAACGUGAAGAUGUUCAGGGUUUUUCUUAGACUUUCUUCUAGCAUCCCCUUUUCAGAAGCUAAGAGCAGGUUCACGUCGUAGCAGGAGAGUUGUGGAUCAGUUUCCGUCACACGGACGUGUUGCCGAGUGAGAACAGUGGAACCGGAGCGGACAGCCGAGUUUCAGACUGAACAGUUUCUCGUGUCGCCGAGAGACGACGAAGCUUCGAGCUGUCGGAGGUUUGACAUCUGACAGACUGUAAAUGUUUGAGUUCUGAUUAUUAUUAACUGUUGAAACGAGUCGACACUUGAAUAAAUUAUAACUGAAUGAAAUGUGCUGCAGAGGUCCAUAAAA